UGCAAAAUGGCCGACAGAGAGGAAGGUGAGAUAGAUAUUUCUGCCUUAAGACUGCACCUUAGGGACGAAUACGCUUUUGUGAACAAACAAAAACGCGAUCUACAGAAAGAUUACAACACUAUAGUCUCCACUGGUGACUCUCUUUUGCGAGGGCUAUGGAUAGCCGGCCAGCAAUGGCGAAAUUUGAACCGACUAAGGGGUGGCCCGAAAUUCGCUUCUGAAUGUGCUUACACGUCGAGUCUGCUCGAUUCUAUACAGUUUCAAGACGGCUACGCCACAGUCGGAUUCAAAGAAGUAAAAUAUGGUAACUUUUUGCGAGAUUUAAGAGAAAAUACUGAGAUUUUGAAGUCUAUUUUAAUUUUGGCUGAUAAAUACAACAUAGACACUUCCGCGUUCUUGAGGACAAUAAUUACUUCACUCUAUGGCUCAUGUCUAUUUCCGGUUGACGAAAAAUCUGUGUUGACGAUUGUGAAAGGUAUCAUCCAAUACCACUUGGUCUAUUCUGAGAAGCCGCUAACAAUAUUCUCCAAAGAUGGCAACUCGUUUGCGAAUAUACUGGACGUGUUGUUUCACACAUCUUUGCCGUGCCGGGCGUUCCUGGUGUUAGCCUGCCGAGAGGUUGUUUUUGAUAUCCUGCUUGAUGGCUCGCUGUAUUGGACGUUAGAAGAACAAGAGUUGCUGUCCGUCAUGGAUGUUCAAGAAGUCCGCAAAAGGUUUGGUGAACCGGGUAGUCCGGGCACCACAGAACGGAUCAAGGAUCACAUGAUGCGGUGCUGGGUCGCGCUUGCCGACACUGUGUAUGCUUUAUUUAAAAAGAUAAACAGCAGUCUGGUUUGCUUACCAGAUUCGCUAAUUUGGAUUGUUUCGUGUUUUUACAAAUCUUCGUUAAAACGAGGUUUUAACGACGGGAAAGCUCGGCAAUUGGUGAUGCGGUUUUUUAUCAAUCAGGUCAUUGUACCGUUGUUGUCGCGUCCGCAGCCAUUUAUAAUCGACACAGAGAUACGUGCGUCGAGAGUUGCAAAUUUUAACCUCAAGAAAGUGACAUUGAUUAUUCAAACGUUGGUUUCUAUCGAAGCUGGUGACGAUAUGUCGUAUCUAAGUUCAGAAGCAAGACAAUUUUAUGAAAAUUUAGAUAAGGUAGGUAUUGUCAUCUGUUUUAUGUAUGUUGGAGAUUUGUAUCAGGUCCUGAUUUUCCUACCUUUAAUACGGAUGGAUGGAGGGCCUGACAAAAAUCCCUGUCUGGGCGCAUUUUUUUAAAAAAACGAUUCAAUUGAUUUUUCUUUUGACAAAAAAACGAAAAAACGAAGAAAAAAAAUCGGGAAAAUACUUGAAUUCGUAUACAUAUUCUGUACCCUGGCUUAUUUCAGAUGUGUGUGUCAGUGUGAGAGUGCUAGCUGCCACUCAAUGGGUAAUCAGAUUAUUUACGAAUACAUCUUGUUAACCAUCUAAGAGGCAAUGCAUUCUGAUGCUCCAUACUUUAUUUCACUUGUCUAAUGCAGAGUUUGAAAUAACAGUUCGUGAUUCGUGAAACAGGGCUUUCCUUUGGGGGCGCGUGAUCGCGCCAGCGCGCGCCCACACGCGCCCACGUGAAUCUGGGCGCG